GUGAGGGGGGGGCGCGGAUAAACCUGGCGUUUGCACAGAAAUUGGCAAAGCAGCAGCGAAGUGCCACCAGGAGCUGCCGCUGGCCCGGAGCGCGGCGUCCUGGAUCGUGGGCGGGCACGAGGCGCCGGAGGGAGCGUGGCCGGGCGUGGUGAGCCUGCAGGUGCUGCGGGGCGGCGUGCGCUUCAUGCACCUGUGCGGGGGCGUGCUGCUGAGCCGCAGGGCCGUGCUGACCGCCGGGCACUGCGUGGACGGCCGCACGGACCCGUGCUCCUGGCGCGCCGUUCUGGGCGCGCACAACCUGCAGAAGCACGGCCCGUUCACGGCCCGGAGGAGGAUCAGGAGGAUCAUCGUGCACUCGCAGUUCAAGCGGGAGACCUUCGAGAACGACGUGGCGCUGUUCGAGCUGCGGUCGGCCGUGCGCUACAGCCUCUACAUCCAGCCCAUGUGCCUGCCCCCCGCCGCCCUGGCGCCGCAGCUGGAGAGCAACAGCUCCGACUGCUACAUCAGCGGCUGGGGCCGCACGGCCGAGAAGGGUACUGUUACAAUCGAGAAACAAAAGUCGCGGUGUUCAGGUGUAUUGUUGUUGAUGCUCCUUCUGCAAAAUCCGCGUCAAACCCAAGUCUUGAAACCUUUAACCCACAUUGGGAACAGGCAGGGUAAAACCUCCUCUGUGCUGAAAGAAGCCCAAGUGGGAAUCCUCCCUCCCAGCCUGUGCAACAGCUCCCAGGGCUACGCGGGGCUCGUGGACCACAGAGCGCUGUGCGCCGGCGCCUGGGCCGGGGGCACCGACACCUGCCAGGGUGACAGCGGGGGUCCCCUGGUGUGUUACCAGCCCGACACUGACAAGUAUUUCCUGGUUGGCAUCGCCAGCUUCGGCGUGGGCUGCGGCCGCCCCCGCUACCCCGGCAUCUACGUGCGCCUGUCCCAGUACAGACCAUGGAUAAAAGCAAAACUGCUGCUGAUUAACCAGGCUCAGAACCCCCUGAGCAGCACCCUCAGCAUCCUCCUGGCUCUGGCACACACAGUGCUGGCACACGUUGUGUAGAGGGGAAACCAUCGCGUGGUUCUGCCUGAAAAAAAAAAAAAAAAAAAUCGCCUCCCUCCUGACUCCCAAUAAAACCAAGAGCCAAAGGAUGUGCACUUACUUUUUAGGA